AUGGUAGAGUCACAUGGCUCGACAACUUGUUAUGAUUGGAAUGCUGGUAUGCCUUCUGGAUCUAUGCAGGCUUUACAAUACCGGCCAGACUACAGUGAGGCCUUCAACUCCCUCCCGCUUGGAGACAUGGGAACCAUAGCGUUUGGCAAUUGGGACAAUAUUCCGUGGUUAGGUACAACGCAGGCUUCACAGCCCAGUCAUGUCGCCGCUUCAGAUGACUUCGGCUGGCUAGACUCUACGGAGAGCCUGGGUGCCCUUCCAUCGGAUGUCAAUGAUAAUAAUGGCGAGCUCCAAGUUGGCGAACAUCUACUAGCCAACCCGGCUUCCGCGACCCCGGCCGGGAGCCACUUUAUGCGACACCAGAAUCCCUCUUAUGGAUGCGAACUCUCUGGUGUUGAUCGCGCUAUUCCAGACUUCUUAGCGGAAGCUGAGGAUAUCGAAGGAUGCCCAAGACCAGACUCUAGGUCCAGAAGAGGCAACCAUCUCGACCGUGUUACCCGCGCGACAAGCUCAAAUUACUCUACGAGUCCCACACAGGGCGCACUCUCACCGUUUUCAACUGAUCACAGCCUCUCAAAAUCAUUUCACAGACACUUGACUUCCUCGAACUUGAUCAAGAUUUACCAUGAUGUGCUUGAGCAUCACCUGUCAUGCUGGCUGGUCGAGAUGACAUGUCCGUAUCGACAGAGCCGUGACUCAACGAGCGUUGCUGCGCUUGCACCAGCGUGGGAGACUUCGUGGACUAACAGGAUUCUACAGCGUACAGUAAGGCUCGAUAACAUUGCACAGUCCUGCAAAGUGCUGGAUAUUACACCUUCUGAGCAGAAGGCAGCUUCCAGCGCCUUGAAGCUUGCCGUGCUAGCAUUUGCUACACAAUGGGCUCAGGGUAGUGCAAGAGCUAGUAGGAGAUACUCCGAUUCAUCACAAGAAGCGGCCUCAGACAAUUCGGAAGAGGACUUUGAUCGGGCACUUCAGCGACAUUUCUGGAUUAACGCUCACCGCGCACUACAAGAUGUUACAGAGAUUGACUCGUAUCAAGUAGCUUGUGCUGAGAUUAUCUUCAGCAUGGCACAAAGGCCUUGGAACAGUGUGCGCAAGGCUGAAUCCGAAAAUAGAAUCCUAACUUGGCCAUCCGUCCGAUCACAAGUCCAGCAUAUAAUCGACAAGGACGACCCACCUAUUUACGCAGAGCGGGCAGCUAGGAGAAUGCAUACUUUGAAGGCUCGAUGUGAUUCAAUAAAUAAAGGCUUUCGGUCCAAGGAUAAGCAAAUGAAUCACGGCAUCGCGGCCAUGGCUCGCGAGGACCGAGACACGAUAGGCCUACUCUACUGGCUCGCCAUCAUGUUUGACACAGUUGCUGCGACAAUGUACGAACGGCCCAUUGUGGUGGUUGAUGAGGAAUGUCGAUAUGACAUCCAAAGCGAUGUUGAGUUAUGCAACGGUGCUACAGGUGCGUAUAGGUGGAAUUAUGAAGUUUUCCUGCGCGCAGGUAGCCAAGUCUCCUGCAGGACUCAAUGGCCAUGCUCGCACGAGGAGGCAGCCAAAGAUAUCAUGAUAUCAGGUCCCGUCAAGGUCCUCUUGUUUCGACAUGUGUCGUAUCUACAGAAUGCCUUACGACAGUCUGCUCCAAGCCGACAAUUAGAGGACAUAAUAUUCAACGCAGCCUUGAUAUAUGAUUAUUGGAAUAGGAGACACGGGGCAUUCUUCAAGGAACUGGUUCAGGGCUUCCCAAACGUCCCCCAGCGCAUCCGGGGUUGGUUUAUUUGUAUAUCAGCACAUUGGCACCUAGCAGUCCUGAUGCUCGCAGACAUCAUCGAAUUCAUCGACGAUAGCGACCUGGGUCUUGACGAAGCAAAGCACGAGCGAAUGGCCACGGGAAUGGUUGCUCGGUUGAGGGAAAAUAGUACCCUGGAGCUUGCUAGCCUGGGCAACGUGGCAACAAUCCCCAGCUACCUUGACGUAGCGCCCGAGUCACCAGAGUUUCAUCCUUCACUCAACGAUGGCACUAUUCUUACCGAGCCAUGGACAAUGAUCCUCAUCAGGGCCUUUUCCAAGGCUAGUGUCUUUAUCCUAGAGGAGGCCGAGAACAUGCGAGAUGCUAGAGGCACAUCCACGUUCGUAGUUGGGUUUAAGCAAAAACUGCAGGAGGCCGAGAACUGUAUCAAGGUAUUAUGGCUGUUGGGGAAGAAGUCCGACAUGGCUCUAGCCCUUGCUGAAGCGCUGCAGCAUGCCAUGGUUAAUAUGCGUGCCGGGUUCAUUUGGCAUUUGAUGUAA